CCCGCCCUGCUCCCCCGCGCGCCGAGCCGGUGAGCUCCCCCGCCGCACAUGCCGCCGCCGGUGCGCUGGGCGCGGCGCCCGCCCGCCCAUCGUCCCGGGAUCCGUGGCAUUGGCUGCACUGCUGCUGUCGCUCUGCCCAACCUCUUCGUCGUCCAGCGCCUUCUUCGCCUGCAUUGUGAUGGCCGCUCGCGCAGUACUCGAGACGCCCUGGGGACUGCCUGCAUGCGGCCCCUCGGGCUUGGCACCCGCCACUAUUUCUGCCGGCUUGGCACUGCUCCCCAGAUCGCUCGGCGGCACUGCCCGCGACGACUUGCGUGAAGCCGGCACGCUGCCCAGGCCAGCCAGAUUAGGCCCCCGACAUCGACCGGUGCGGCGUCGCUGCAGCGCCCAACCCGAGGCCCUCCUCGGUGAUGCUGGUCAUGAUGCGCAGCAACCACCGGAUCACCAUCUGGCAGUCCAGAUAAGGCUUGAAUGUGUUGAACCCGCGCGCCAAAAGCUCCGCUGCCACCAUACGCGCCUUCACACCCGACCGCUCGCUCACCAGCAGCGCCUGCAGCAUCGACGCCGCCAUGCUGCGCGCUGUCAGCGGCAGUAGCGCCGGGAAAUCAGCCCCAAUCACGCAUACAAUUGUCAGCGCACAC